AUGGAUGGGUGCUACUGUUUUUUGGAUUGGAGAGUGGAUUAUAAAGUGAAUUCCAUUGUUAAGCACAUAUACUUAGCUUCCAAGAAAAUUAGUGCAACAGCUUCUCCAGGUGCUACAGUUUUUUGGAUUGGAGAGUGGAUUAUAAAGCAAAUGCCAUUUGUUAAGCACACAUACUCAGCCUCCAAACAAUUAAUGCCGCAAUUUCUCUGGUUUUUUGUGUUUUUUGAUGUUGUUUUUGGCACCUCAUGGAUUGGUGCUACUGUUUUCUGGAUUGGAGAGUGGAUUGUAAAGCGAAUGCCAUUUGUUAUGCUCAUAUACUCAGACUCUAAGCAAUUUAUUGCUGCAAUUUCUGCGCAUGGGUGUUACCGUUCUCUGGAUUGGAUAGUGGAUUGUAAACGAAUGCCAUUUGUUAAGCACAUAUACUUAGCCUACAGGCAAAUUAGUGUUGCAAUUUCUCCAGAGUGGAUUAUAAAGCGAAUGCCAUUUGUUAAACACAUAUACUCAGCCUCCAAGCAAAUUAGUGCAGCAAUUUCUCCAGUGUUUUUGUCUCAUCAUGGAUGGGUGCUACUGUUUUCUGGAUUGGAGAGUGGAUUAUAA